AUGACGGCACACGAAUCGUACGGAUUCAUCGGGACGUGGGAGAUAGUGGAGUCUCAUCUGGAAGGCACCACGGACAAACUAGGUCUCGAAGGAAUCAAGUUCCGGCUGGACGAAAUGGGGGACAUUAUUUGGUACAACGAUCUAAUCAACACAAACACCCAGAACGGCAGCGGACGGGAGUCGCAGCUGAAUAAUCCCCGGCUGAGUAGUCUGAACGGGGCGGCAUUUUGCCCCAUCAACGAUUCGGCGGCGGUGCUGUUCAGCUGCGAAACGUUCGAGGUGGUGGAGCUGUCGUCGAACGGGCCGGGUCUCAUCUUCGGUGCGUACACCGGGCACAGUAUCGAGUUUCGCACCAACCACUACAACCCGGGCGAGCAGAUGUCGCUGCGGUGUGACUGCUGGUGCGAGCUUCACUGUCAGCGUGUCAAGGAGGACCAGUCGGUUGGGCAGGAGGAACCGUUCACGCUGAUCUCCGUGCUGGACGAUGGCAACUUCUGUGAUGUGACUCUCAAGAGUUGUGAUAAUGUAAUCUACAACGUGCACUCGCCAAUUUUGCGCUUGAACGGAUUUGACUGCAGCAGUAUGACGGCGGCUUCCACCUAUCAACAUCUGGCCAGUCGGUUUGAGUGUGCCGAGGCACAGGCACAGGUUGCUGCCACACAUCCACCGCUCAUGAAAGUUUCCUCGGUGCCGUGCGCCCGGGCAGUGCGUACCGGUGGCAACACGUACGGUCGUGGAUCGCCCGCUAUGAUGUGCAGCGUAAGUGCAAGCGCCACCCCUAGCCUACACCCGAGCGUCCACGCCAGCCCAACGAUUCUGAACCCAAACUUUCUCCUGCCGCCAACCUCGCUCGACUCGUACAACCUGUCCCCGAAGCUGGUGGCCAACAUAUCGAACUCCUUCAACUGUCUCAUGCCGACGGCGGAUGCGAGCUGUACCGAGGGUAGCACACACUCUAUAUUUCUCGAUGUGCCAAAGCGGACCGCUCAUCAAACGUCGUCCUGUUCGGAUUCGAACCUGCACAUCGAUCGGAACGUGUUCUUCUUUCCCGACGCGGUACCGGCCUCCUGUCGCGUGAAGUUUAAACCACCGUCGUCACCGUUCCGCGCCCGCAGUCCAUCACCGUUUCCGGUGUCGACGAUCGAUACACCGCCGUCCUCGCCAUUAACGCCACUGUCGGUGUUGAACAACAUCCCGGCGAAGAUGCUAUCGACCAUCCUGCACUGGCUGUACUGUGAGUGUUUGCCCGAUCAGCUGGACGAGGACACUUGCAUACAGCUGAUCAACAUGUGCGAAAGUACGACGCCGCUCAGUCGCAUGAGUGAACCCUGCAAGAACUAUCUGCGAAACAUACAGCUCAAGAAGUUUGUAAUCGAUAUUAUCAACGAUCUGCACGACAGUCUGAACAACAUGAUACAGAUGGUCAAUCCGGGCACCAUAUCCCACAGUCCCUGUGUGCUGUGUCAGGUGUUUAAAGAGGGCGUCAAAGAAUGUCUCACAGCGUUUGUGAAGCUGCUACAGUUCUGUAACAUCUUUACGAAGGACGCCACUACCUUCACGCGUCAGCAGCGGCACGAGAUCAUCAAGUACGUGCGUACCCGUAUGCCGAUCUAUCUGUCACAGGUGCAUCAGCUGCUGCAGAAUGUUAACCUAGUACUGGGCAGCCUAUCGCCGGACGAUCGUAACGAUCUAGUCUCCUACCUGGUGCCGGAAAUAACCGGUGCGCUGGAGGUACUUACAUCCGCUGUUUCCGAAAUUAAGCUAUCGCUGGAAGAGGUCUGCAAGGAUCUGAAAAGCAGCCAGCAGGAGCAGCAGCAGCAGCAGAAGCUGCACGAAAGUUCCGUACAACCUCAGGGACGUACACAGACCGGCACUCACCGGAGCGGUCGUAGCACCCAAUCGACGCAGUUGGCCGGCAACCGUGCCGGUGCGGAACGUACUCGUAGCCAUGCGCGCAGUACCACCGUGCAGUCCCGGCUCGGCCAGAGCACGUCCGAGUCCGACCUGAAGUUCUUCCUGUACAUGUACGAGGUGAAAAAGAUGCGUGAUAUUUAUGGGCGCGUUACGAACGCGCUCGAGGUGUUACUACACAAGAAGAAUACGUUCAACGAGAUGAACUUGCUGCACCAGCAUCAGACGGUGAUGCGCAACUUGGAGCAGCUGGCGAUGGAGGUACCGUCCGCCAUUGGUCAGCUGGAGGAGCUUUGCGAUACGAUAGACGAGAAGAUCGGUUGGAAGGAGUUUAAAUUUUGCUUCAAGUUUCUCACUAGUCAAGUGAACGGCAUUGUCUCAAAGCUGCUGGAACACAAGGCUGCCCUAAAUGAUGCAAUGUUCUAUAUCUCCACACUAGUGCAGAAGGAACAGUUUACGUGUGCGCUGGUCGAAUUGGGACUGCUGGACAAACGGAGCGUCGAUCCGGCACUGCUGCACGAGUGUGCUGCGCGUCGCAGUGCGGUGCGUUCGAGUGGCCAGCGACAGCUCGAGUAUGCCACCGUCAAGAUGAAUCUGGUGCAAAAUCUGUGUGAAUCGCCGACCGCUGCCCACAGCAGCUUGUCGAAGAAUGCGUUGAAGCUGCUGCAUUCGGGGCAGCUGGCGGAUAUGGAGUUUGAGGUGGUGGUACCGCAGAUGGAGCAGCAGCACGAUAACGUAACGCCGACGGCGUCGUGCGAUUUUAGCCCGGACGAGGGCCUAUUGCUCAACGGUGCGAACAAGGGUGCUAAUGGUGGUGGAGGUGGAAGUGAAACCGCAACGGCUGUGAAUGCUUCCAGUAGUGGCAGUAGUAACGGUAGUAAUGCUAAAGGAAACAAUACGAAAGGUGCACAGUCGCACUGCUUCAAGGCCCAUCGUGUGAUAGUGGCGGCCCGGUGCGAAUGGUUCAAGAAGGCAUUACUGUCCGGCAUGCAGGAAGAUAUUAAUCGUAAGAUUAUUAUUUACGAUACCUCGCCGGUGAUCUUUCGCCGGUUGCUACUCUACCUGUACGGUGCACCAGUCGAUCGGUCCGUCGGUGUCGAUCAGCUGUGCGAGCUGAUGCUGCUGGCCGACCGGUACUCGGUCGACAAUCUGAAAGCUAUCUGUGAGCAAACGCUGGUCGCAUCGAUCGACAGCGAGUCGGUCGUCUGUCUGUACGGCAUAUCGGAUCGUUUUAAUGCGGCCGCAUUGAAGGCACGGUGCCUAUCGUACCUAUCGCAGCAUACUGAACUGACGCAACUCGACAUCUUCCAGGAACUCCCAGUGUAUCUGCAGAACGAAGUGCAGGAGUUGAUACGCUGGUGCGGCCGAGCACCGGAACCGUGGUGCGAUCGGGGACCGGAGCGCUCCAGAUCGGACCGUGGCUCACGCCACAGCCUAAAGAGCCCGUCGAAAGCAUCGAAAUCGUCACGGUCGCGUAAAACGUCACCAUCCUUUAUGUGA